UGUUAUGUGACCCCGAACGCUUGUCAAUUUUGUAGUCCGCGCUUAUAAAAAAUACGAAAUUUCAAAUUGCCAGAUAUCAAAAUGCCAAGAAAACGAGAACGCACCACUACGAAAGCAUCUUGGACCGUAGAAACGUUAGAAAAUGCGGUCAAAAAAAUUCAGCGUGACGGUACAUCAGUAUACAAGGUAUCAAUAGAGACAGGAAUACCCUACAGCACCUUGAAAAAAAGAUUCAGAUUGGCUAAGGUCAAUGAUGCUAGCUACAGGCGUCCUCCUAAACUAGGAAGGCCAUCUGUGUUCACUGAGGAACAAGAAUUAAUUCUGGCUAAUCACCUACAUACAAUGUCAAAAAAAUUUUACGGACUGACGAGGGCUCAGUUUUGUAAAGUAAGCUACGCCAUGGCUGAAAGAUUUGGUGUCGCAGAUCGAUUUAAUGAAAUCAAGAAGUCUGCGGGCAGAGACUUUCUAACUGGCUUUUUUCAACGACAUCCUGAUUUAAGUAUUAGAAAGCCAGAAGCGACAAGCAUCAAUAGGAUACUUGGGUUCAAUAAAGCUGAAGUGGAUCAAUUCUUUGAAAAUUUGGAAAAAGUCAUGACAAAAUACCACUUUCCACCAUCUCAAAUUUACAAUAUGGAUGAGACUGGCGUAACUACGGUUCAGGAUACAAAAAAAAUUAUAGCGCCUAGGGGUCAAAAACGUAUAGGAGCAGUCACGUCAUGGGAAAGAGGUAAAAACGUAACCACUAUCUGUGCUAUGAGUGCUUCAGGGUCGUUCAUUCCGCCUCUUUUUAUUUUCCCUCGACAGCGUCACUCACCACAGCUAGAAAAAGACGGUCCACCAGGAGAAAAAAAAUAAAACUGAAAUAAGUACAAAGAGAAAGGGAGAAACCAUCAACAAAAACAGAAAAUGUAGCGCAGGAAAAGGAAAAAAAACUAAAGAAGGCAAUGAACAAAAAAGAAAAAAUAACAAAAGUUACAAAGAAACUUUUUGAGGAUGAAACGGAGACAUCUGAAGACGAAAACGUUGAGAAUCUUUGCGACGAUGAGUCAGAAUAUUCAGAAGAAGAGACAUUGUGUGCUAUUUGCUGUGAUAUAGGAAAAAACAAUGAGAUGUGGUACCGUUGUAGAAGUUGUGGUAAAUGGGCACAUAAGCAAUGUUCUGGUUCUGAGAGCCCAGUUGAUUAUAUUUGCGUUUUUUGCUUAGAUCCUUAAAGUUAAAUGUUACACGAUUACGUAUAUUAAAUUGUAUAUGAAUAAGUGAGAUUCCAGACGUGAGAUAGAAAUCUUUGAGGCUGAUUUAAUAAUUAAGUAGCUCCCAUUACCCAUAUGCGAAAUUAUAGGCUCUCAUUGCCCGCAAAUUCGGGUAAUGAGAGCGAUCCCGAUUUUUUGUUUUAAGUUUAUUUGUGGCAAAAUGCCACAUUAUGUUACGUUAGGGCUGUGAUUAAAUGAUAGUCGAAUAAGUAAGGAUUUAGUUUCUAAUAAAAAAUUAAUAAAGUAUCAAUAAAUUUGGCUUUUAUUGAACU